AAAGCACAAGAGGAGAAAAUUAAAGCCUUGGAAAAGCUUUAUCUGGCAAGCCUGAGAGCUAUAGGAGAGGGGCACAGGCAGGCAAAAGAAAACAAACCUGAUCCGGAGGCUGAAGCAAAGCAAAGGGAAAGGAAACAAAGAGCAGAAAGGAGGCAUAAAGAAGCCCUGAAGGAGCAGAAGAACCAAAAACAGAAGCUGCAGAAGGAGCAAACAUGGAGGGCAAAUGCACGGAAGCAUGCGUUAAAAGUAGAAAAAGAGCGAGCGGCCAAAAUUGCAAGCCUGCCUCCACCUCCGCCCCAUCCUUUUGAAAAUAUUGAGCUGAAGAGCAUGCCUACAGUGAAGGUCUACGAUGGUGGCAGUUUUGCGAUUAGUCGUCACCACUUCUUUGACCCAUAUGUGGAUAGAGAAAUGGACACAGAACAGCCAGACGCUCGGCUGCUCGCGGAAGAGGAAACCAAACGGCAGGAAGGACUGCAGAACAAAGAAGAAAGGGAAAAGCGAGAACAGCUGGAGAAGGCUCAUCUGAGAGGCAAGCAAGCCUUGAAGGUGGUUCGCCUGGCACGCGACAGGGAAAAGCUGAUGCAAGAGCUUGAACAGAUGCAGAAUAUGGACCUGGCACGUAGAAGACAGAUAGUUGCCCAGAUGCCACCUCAGCUGUUUGAACCAGGCUACAGACGUGAGGAACUGAGGGAAGAAUGGCAGAGGGAGCUGGAGUGUGCCUUUGAAGACAUGUAUACUGGAGAGCGGAAAAUGAGAGGAGACCUCAUUCUGCACCUUGACCCACAGCCUUUGCCGACCUUGUCUGAUCACUCUCAGGAUGAUGAACUGGAUCUUUCCCAGGAGCCAGGGGAUGCGCCGUCAAAACAGGGGGAUGUGCAGGACACAGAACCAGGCGUUGAAGUAGAAAAGGCACCGGAGACUCAUUCAAAAUUUGCUUUAAAAAAAUUGCUAAGCAAGAUCAGGAACCAGAAAGACCACUGGACAGCAAGACAUGAGCUGGCAGCUCCAAGUGAGACAGACACCAUUGAGUCAGGAACGAUUUCUAGUAGAGAGAGAAGACUGUGUGAAUCCGAACCAGAGGAUGAACCAAACCGUGCGCCUGCGUCUGAAGCAGAGGAGGUGCCAGAAAUGUUGGACCAAACUGUUGUUGCUGGAAAUGCGGGUGUAAGUCGCUCACAAGAACAACCAACCAACACUGGAAAGGAAGCAGAAAGGCAAAAACAGAUGGAGUGGCUGGAGCGCCAAAAACAAGAGCAGCUGGCCUUGCUUCAGCGAAUCGAAGAGCAGAGGAUUCAGCUGGAGGUUGAUUUGCUGAGGGCCCAGAUGCAGGACCUGGAGGGAGACGUUAAGAAAGAGCAGGAAAAGAGAGCACCACAGUCUCAGGCCAUUCAGAUGGAUGACCGGGACGCUGCUCUGAACCAGCAGCAGGAAACAGAACUGAAGUUUGAAACUGCUGCAGGAACAGAGGUGGCCAGCAGUUCUAGAGAGGACGAUCAUAUACAAAUGAUUCGUGACUAUCAGCAGCGUCUUCUUAAGCAAAACAGGGUGCACAAAGAGUCAAUUGAUGAAGCCCGAAAACGUUUACAGGAGUAUCAGAACAAGCUAAAACAAAGAUACCCGUCGGUUUCCGCUGCACUGUUUGGUCCAACUGCUGCAGGUUUUGCAUGCCUAAAUUCUGUCCCUGCACCAUCGUUGUUGUUACAAGGAUCUGAUGCCUCUCAGAGAGCUGGUCAGACCACACACCUGCCAUCUAAUAAUGCUCCUGUGCAAGAUUUUGCUCAGCCAGUUGGUGGGUAUUCAGAACUUCCUUGGAGGUUGGAGGAGCCCUUGGAGAAGGACGCAGAGCAAAGGCGUGAUGUGGGCAGUCAGGAAUGCAUCCAAACAACGGAUGCCCGGGUUCAGCAAAGACCUCUGGAGUCAUCCCGGGUUUCUGGUUCACACGAAGUGACAGAAAAAGUGAAUCUAGUGGGGACGCCAGCCACACAGGCAUUGGAAUUCCAUGGGAUUCCAGGAUUGUUCAUGCACAGGACACAGGAUACUCCUGCUAAAACACAGCCGGUACCACUCGUGCGGCAGGUCCAGUUCACGUUGCCCACAGACACAUCUCACGAGUCUUCAGAAACCUUCCAUCCUUACAAAUCAGAAACGUGUGCAGAUCCAGCAGGAAAGACGCAGUUGCCAACUUCUUUAAAUCACAUCCUGGCAGAGAACAGAGCAACGUUUGACCAGACUCACUGCCCUCCUGUUCAGCCUUUGCCUCCCCCCGCAGCUAGCGAACCUGGGAGGCUCCAGGAAUUAAAAAACAGAAGUGGCUCCUUGUCCAGUUACUCCGAUCUAGUGGAAUUAAGGAACAGGAUGCUGGCUUCCUCCGAGAGCAUCCAGACUCAGCAGGAGCACCUGAAAGAACUGCAAGACCAGCUGGAUCAACAGAAGGAAGCUCUUCUUGCCCGGCAGAGGGCACAGGAGGACUUGCUCAUGCGCAAGCACACCCAGUUGAAGAAGCAGAUGGAGCAGCAGCAAGAGGCUCUGAAGGCCUUCCUUCAACAGGCAGGGCAGUCCAGCACGUAUGGAGAGGUGACUCCCCAGGCACAAGAGCCUCACAGCUUCAGACUGUUGGCAACACUUGCUCAAGAAGCAGACUUGGGUGACCAAGAGGAGGCUGAGUGUGGCCCUGUGAGCAGCCCCGCCGAAGAGAGGUUUUUCUUUUUAAGCACGGGUUCAUCGGAGCAGAUCGAGCCAUUUCAAAGUGCUUGGGAAAGAGAACCAAAAUGGAGACCCUCAAAGCCACCUUUGGCAAAAGUCAGGCUAGGCCUUGACUUGGAGCAGCACGAACUUAGCGCUAUACUGGAGCUCGACACACCAAGGAGCAGCAGGCUUUCUGGUACAGGUUACAGAGAAUCUCUUACUAGAGACACUUCCUUCACAUCGCAUUUUGGCGAGCUUCAGUCUAGCGAUCGCCCAGAUGAAUCCCUCCAUGAAGAAACGGAUGUCCUACGCAUUACAGCUGAUGCCAAAGAACAGAGUUCUAGUGAAAGUCCAAGUAGCCUCUUAAGUCAGUCAUGGCAUGAGAAGUGGGUGACGGAGGCAAGUAACUUGCAUGACCCAGUUUAUCCAAGAGAACGUUCUUUCGCGGAUCAAGGUCUGCUACGUUACACUGCUGAUAUUGGAAGGCAACUAGCUCUGUAUCCCGAUUCGCCAUCUAGACAAAGUAAUAUGGUAGUGCUUGAUGCAGCAAGGUCCCCUGGCUUGGGGCCAUCAAGUCCACAGGCUCAAGCACGAGAGGCAGCUUGUAGCUAUUUGUCUUCGCCUGCUAUUUCUGCUGCCAGCUUUAUAAUGAGCGAAAAGCCAGACAGAAGCUUUGUCAGCACAGGGUGGUCUUCAGCUAGAAAACGGCCCGGGUGUUUCAGCUCUCCUGUGGAAGAGAAGGCAAACGCCACUUGGAACCCUUCUGUGCCUUCACUGUAUAAGCAGGAUGAUGCCGCCGAAGUUCCAGAUUCUGAUUUUCCUUUUGGAGAAAGGCUUCACUCGACCAGUAGACUCCAGCAGAUCAUAGACAAAUACACAAGAGAACUGAGCUGGUCUCUAAGCAACGUAUCUUCUCAUGAUCUAGCCAUUGGAGUUGAUGUUUCAAAUACUGAGAGAAACUCUCCCCUGGAACUUUUCCAGCCUUUGCAACCCAGUCCAGACUUCGAUAACUUUUCGCCCCUUUCUGAACACAGGUUCUCUCCUGAGAGCAGGAGCCUCAGCAAGAGUCCAGAUGUCUCCAUGAGUCACGGAUUACCAAUUUCCAGCUCAGAAGAACGGAGUAUCAGCCUCUCUUUCCUCACUGUAGAAAAGCAAAGCAAUACUCUGCAAACAAAAGAGGCUGAUGAGGAGACAGAAGGGCAAAUUGAAGAACUUCCUAGUAUAACAAUGGACCCUUCAGUGUUUCAGCCAGGUUUUGAAGGCUCUUUCGAAGCCCUGCUCACAAAAAGAACUUCACACAAGCUUAGCGGCAGCGCUGAUGAACCCGUGGACUUCACCACUACGUCUGAACAUGCUAUGUUUGAGCAAAUGAGAAAGUCUUUGGAGAAUAUGUGUGUCUUACCUGGCCAUGAGGCACUGGAAGGAGACGAGGAGAGGGCCGGUCCCCUUUCCCCCAUCGAAAACUUCCGUAGCCCAAGUCCGAGUCCAGUAGAAGAUAGCGGCUCAUUUUAUCAGCUCGUUCCUGAUUACAGUUUACCGAGAAAUGCUCUUGGGAUGACGCCUGCUGUAAAAGGGGAUGUGGUAUCUGGAGAAGAGGACCUGUGUUUUGUCGAACUGCCUGUGGCCUCAACCAGCCCAAAACCCGAGGCAGUCCCAGAAACUGUGAUUAUGAAUGAAGACAGAGAAAUGGGUCUCUUCCGGUGUGCUUCAUAUCCCGUUGGAGAGCAUAGUUCUCAACAAACAGAGACUCUGCUGAAUUUGGCUCAAGAAGCCAGCUCUGAAAUCUCUGCCAGUCCUGUGCAAAAUCCUGUGCGCCGAAGCGGCUGUGUGCCGGACACCCUUCAGAGGUCAUCCUCAAGUGCCACUCGUGUUAAAAGCUUCGGUUCCUGUUUAUCGCAGAGCGACAUACCGGUCUGGGAGCAGCAGAUGGGGAGAGGCAUUAUGGAGGAGCCUGACUUGACUCUGAUCAGCUCCAAUGACAUCAGCUUUGCCAGCUCAGACUUGGAACCUCGUAACCAAGCAGACAGCGGAACUGAAGCAGCGGAGCCUAGGAGCCAUUCCGAAGCAAAAAGCUUUACAGAGAGCAGAGGGUUUUUACCUUCAGGUGCAGAAGGGAAUGACUCCGUUUCCACUCAGCACAGCGAGUGUCUUGCUCAGAGUCCCAAAGAGGAUUUUUGUCAGAACUACAAGCCAAAAACAAUGCUUUUAGAGUUCCCAUCUGCCCCUGGCAGCUUACAAGAAUCGUUUUUGAAACGGAAGAAAAAAUUCAUUGAGGGAUCCUCUAAAAGACUGGAGAAAAUUAAAAGCAGACAGCAGCGUUCUGCCAAGCCGCCACUGAAGGCACCCCCACAGAAAACGACAAAGCUUCACAAAGCAAAAGAGAACUCUCCUCCCUCUGGAGCCGCUGUGAGUCAUUUGAAGAAAGUGGUGGAAGACAAAGUGUGCUCCGCAGAGGACAGGAAGAUGGCAGAGAUGGAAAUGCAUCAGCGUACUUCAAGGUUGUAUAAUAAUCUAACGGAAGUGAAAAUCCGCAAGGAAGAGAGAGAGAGACGAGAAAUUUAUGCCAGAAACCGGGAGAAGGCAAAGGAAUUUCAGAAGAGAACACUGGAAAUACUACGAGCCAAAAAAACACGUCAAAGUACUCUUCAGUAGAUGUCUUGGACAGGAUAGAAAGAAGAGGCCAACUUUGCAGUAAUUUAAUUAUGUACAGAUUAAUUGCCAGCUUUUGAUACUUUUAAUUUAAAUUUGGUUUGGUAACCGGAUCAGUACAGGCCGAUUUGUCUUUAGUUUCUUUCAAUUAUGGCUUUUUAACCAGAUUGUAUAUAGUUUAA